UGUAAUCAUGAACGACGGACAGCAUCAAUGGGAAUCAGCCAUCAGGCGCAUUGCCAGCAUCAUCUGGACCGAUUGUGCUGGAAGCGCGACAUAAUUCUCCAUAUUUCGUUUAGAACCUGGUCGAAUUUAUGUAGAUUUAUUCUAAAUUAAAAUUGAACUAAGUAAUAUAAGAGAAUGUGUACAAAACUUCACAUUUUAGGGACGCACAGGCGUAACGUUAUUCCUGCUGCGGUUCAUCGCUGUGUGAGUUGAUAGUGGGGGUGAAGCGCUCUGUAACGAAUUGUGCAUUUCAGCUAUUAUAAUUCUCAUUUAGAGCGUAAAACACCUGUCGUCGAUAUUACUCGGCCGUUCAGACCGUGCAUGCUGUCUGCAUUGCAGUGUGAGGGUAUUUAACAUCUUGCAGAGUGUCUAACAGUCAAAGCAAUGGGAGCUCUAAGCAAACAGCAGUUCUUCCAGGAACUGGGAUCCGGUUGCUUGCUUCCGACUGUCCAGCAUGGUCUGGAACAAGUAUGGCAGCUGCUACUCAUCUGCCUAGUGUGUAGGCUGCUGUGGAGAUUGGGUCUUCCCUCUUUCUUGAAACACCUGAGUACGGUGGCAGGUGGUUUUUAUACUCUUUACCUGUUCUUCGAGCUGCACAUGGUUUGGGUGGUGCUUCUCAGCCUCCUCUGCUACCUCAUCCUCUUCCUGUGCCGCCAUUCGAGCAGCCGAGGACCCUUCCUGUCCAUCACUAUCCUCAUCUACCUCCUUCUGGGAGAACUGCAUAUGAUGGAUACAGCAACUUGGCAUAAAAUGAGAGGUUCCCAGAUGGUAGUGGCCAUGAAGGCAGUUUCUCUUGCCUUUGAUUUGGACAAAGGCAUAGUGGAGAGAUUUCCCUCUCCAGUGGAGUUUAUGGGCUACAUUUACUUUGUGGGGACGGUCAUUUUUGGGCCUUGGAUCAGUUUCAGUAGCUACAUGGAUGCAGUAGAGAGUCGAAAACUUAGUGUCUCCUGGUUUUUGAAGUCGGUCUUCAGCUGUGUGAAGAGCCAGCUCUGUCUGGUAAUUUCCAACUGUAUUGCACCCUAUCUCUUUCCCUAUUUCAUCCCGGUCUUUGGAGACAAGCUGCUCCGCAACAAGAAACGAAAGAUGAGGGGCUCUAUUAAAAGGUGGCUACAGGCCUAUGAGAACACCCUGUCCUUCCAUUUCAGUAAUUACUUUGUGAGUUACCUUGGUGAGACGACCACCACACUGGCAGGUGCUGGUUUCACAGAGGAGAAGGACAAUCUUAAGUGGGACUUGACAAUAGCAAAGCCGCUAAAUGUAGAGUUUCCCAGGUCUAUGGUUGAAGUGGUGACUUCCUGGAACCUGCCCAUGUCCCGCUGGCUUAACACCUAUGUGUUCAGGAAGGCUCUCAAAUAUGGGAGCUUUACAGCUAUUAUCUUGACAUACACAGCAAGCUCCCUGCUACAUGGUUUAAGCUUCCACAUUGGGGCAGUAUUGUUUACAUUAGGCUUCAUAACAUAUAUUGAACACGUGCUUAGGAAAAGAUUGUCAGGCAUUUUAAAUGCAUGUGUCCUCUCCAAGAGAUGCCCAUCUGACUGCAAACACAGACAUAAAAAGGAAUUUUGGGUAUAUUUAAUUAAUGGGACUUUUAGCAUGUUAGCAGUACUACAUUUAACAUACCUGGGCUCAAUUUUUGGCUCCAGCACAGAUGACAUGGAUUCUGAUGAGGAUGGCAUGGCCAGCCACACCAUUGAGAAAUGGACACAGCUCAGCUGGACAAGCCACUGGUUGACCUUUGGCCUUUGGGUCUUGUAUCGCCUUAUUCUAUAAACACUGAGACCUACAUAGACGAGGAGAGAUGGGGAGAGGAUAGCAAUAACUGUGAUUGCAUAUUUUAUAUGGUUUUACUAUAGAGGAGUCGUGGCCAUUUAUGGCAUCACUGUGAACUCUGGAUGAGUCCUCAAAUCCAGGAAAAACUAACGUACAGGUAAUACUGAUCGACACCAUUGGACCAUUGGAUAUUUUCUCUGGAAGUUUUCUAAAGUACCUAAAGUAAAGAAGCAUCAAGACUUAAAAAAAACAGCAAUCCUCAGUAAGUGUGAACAUUUACUUGAUAUUCAUAUAGCCAUUGUUAAUAGAUUGAUCAAGAUUUUGAUGACUUGUAGAUCUUGUAGUUGUAGUUGGUUUUGUUUGAUGGUUUUUAGGAUAAUUACUUCUUAGUCAGAAAAGAAGGUCAAUAUUUUCAGUGCUUGUUUCAGAAGCUCAAAUUGCACAAAUCAAGUUUGGUUUGUUGCGUUUGUUCUGUUUUUUUUCCCACUCCCAAAUGUAAUAACGACUAAUACUCAUGCUUAUUCACUAAAGCACAUAUCAUGCUGUGAUUCACAAUCGGAUUUUGCUCAUUACAGUUGUCAUGUACAACAAACAUGCCACAAAACAGAGGUCACCAAACCCAUUCCUGGAGGGCCAGUAUCCUGCAGAGUUUAGCUCCAACCCUAAUCAAACACACCUGAACAAGCUAUUCUUCUUCUUAUGUAUACUUGAAAGUUCCAGGCAGGUGUGUUGAGGCAAGUUGGAGCUAAACUCUGCAGGACACUGGCCCUCCAGGACCGAGUUUGGUGACCCCUGCCAUAAAACCUCCUCAUAGGGCUCUGAAUAAACAUGAUAAAGUCGACAUCCUCUAUUUUGUAUGAAUUGUAUAUGAAAUAGUGACAGUAAUUCUCUGGGUUGAGACACUCAAAUGAGAUAGUAUUAGUAGUGUUUGCUUGUUCUUAUAUUUAAACUUUUAAAAAAUGUAUUAACAACAAAAGGGAAACGUUAAAGCAUACAGAUAGUGUGUAAUCUUUGCCAUCAUAUUAUUGCUGUUUGGUAGUAAAUAGCUAUUUAUCACCAUCAUCACAAUGAAUUAUGGAUUGUUUUUUAGUGCCAAACAGAACAAUAAUCAUUAAUAGCUGAUUAAUUACAGGUAUGUUCUUAUAUUACUUUUCAUUUUAUUUAUCGUGUUUAGACAUUUAACACGCAACACAUUUUCUACUGAAUCACCCUGUUGUGAAUCCAUCCCGAAUACUUUUAUUAAUGAAUAUUAAAUAAAGAGUUCAAAUUACACUGAUGAUUUUGACUGCAUUGUGUAUGUCUGACUGCCAAACUCUUGAUAAUAAAACAUUCAAUUUUGUCAUUUUCUCCCAAUUUUUCCAUGUACACAACCUUGUCAUA